UGGUGAUCCGAGCCCUCGCGGGCGCCGGCCCAGGAUGGUUCCACCUAUGGGGAGUGUGUAGAUGUUCUGAAGAACCACAGAAGCCGUGUUUACCCUCCCUGCAACAAACAUGGAAGUGGAAAGCACCCCCUCUUGGCCCUCUUGGUAGAGGAAAGUAGUCUUCCUUUCGGAGCCACGCCCUCCACGUCCAUGAUUGUUUCAGGGAGUGUAAUACGAUUCGGCAGCUUAGGCAGGAGGCAUCACCAUUGCUGACAUUCUUGGUUUGCGCUGUGGGUCAAAUGGCACCGGAGGACCCUGGGCAUCACCACUCCCAGGAAUGCACAGCAGCUCAACGAUCCCUUUGCAAGAACGGUGGAGAGGCCAGGCAUGACGAGAUGAGUGGACAGGCGAUGUGAUGAUAGGGAUUGAGCCGGGAUUUGGGGAUUCGGCAUAUGGAUUCACUUGGAUUCAUGUUUUUUUCUUGAUGAUUGCAGCAAAUUGGGAUCACAUGGUGCUAUUUUGCUUGGAUACUUUCAUUCUUUUUGGGGUGAACCUGCUAGGCCAUGCGAGGGACAAGGGGUGCGAGCCAAACAACUUGUAUGAACCUGAACCUUUUGGUGGAGAUGGUCUUUUUGGUGGAGGAGCUGCUUAGCUGUGCUUUUGCCUCUCGGGUCUUCCUGCUGAUGGCACCGUGACGGCUGAGAUGGCCAUGAUGUUCGGGGAGUUCUACAAGCCUCAAGCCAUCAUGGACUAUCCCGUCGGGGGAGUGAAGAGCUUGGUGGAGGCUCUGGUGAAGGGACUGGAAUCUCAUGGUGGUUCACUGCGCUUGAACACUCCCGUGAAGCAACUGGUGAUGUCGAGUGGCACCUGCCACGGCGUCGAGUUGGUCAAUGGUGACGUGUUGGAAGCGUCCAGUGUGGUGUGCAACGUGAGUGCCUGGGAUUUGCCAAAGCUUUUGCCGACUUCGGUGAGUUCGCAGACCUGGUGCCGCGAACGCGCUGCCAUGCCAGCCACCAAGUCCUUCAUGCACUUGCACGUGGGCUUUGAUGCCCGAAGCCUCGAGCUGAAGCAAUUGCAACCGCACUACAUUUGCUUAGAGGAUUGGACUCGUGGGGUGGAGGCUGAAGAGAAUGCCGUGUUGAUCUCCAUCCCUUCCGUCGAGGAUCCGAGCUUGGCGCCUGAGGACUGUGGAGUGCUUCAUGCCUACACCCCCGCGACGGAGCCGUGGGAACGGUGGAAGGACUUGGACCGGCGCAGCGCGGAGUACAAGGCCUUGAAAGAGCAGCGGGCCGAAUUCUUGUGGAAGCAAUUGGAACGCAUCAUCCCCGACCUUCGCCAAAGAAGCAAGGUCCACAUGAUUGGCACGCCCCUGACGCACCAGCGCUUCCUGAAUCGGCACCAAGGCAGCUAUGGCCCUCGCAUCAAGGCGGGCGAAGCGGAGUUCCCUGGCGCCAGCACUCCAAUCGCAGGCCUAGUGCUGUGUGGCGACAGUUGCUUCCCAGGCAUCGGUGUGCCCGCUGUGGCGGGCAGCGGCCUCCUGGCAGCGCACGCCACGGGGCUGGAGACGCUGCCGGCGCAACUCAAAGAGCUGCAGCGUCUCUUCAGUUGAGCAAAAAGAAGGAAGGGAGGGUCCCAGGUGUCUCUGGGGAGGGGACUACGGUCGGUAUCCUGGUGCCAUGACCCAUGAGCGCCGGUUUUGUC